CUGUCCUUGUCCAUUCGUGAAUUAUAUAAACUAUUUUCUUCAGUGUGUUUUUGUUACUUUAACUUACUUUAAGUGUGUCAAGUCAACAUACUUUACUACUUGUGUGUGCAUGUGUGUGUUUGUGUUUGAGAAAAAGAGAUGAAAGAGAAGAAGAAUAUGUAUGAAUGUCAUUCAUGUCAGUAUAAGAGAGGUUAAUGAUCUACACCGGAGCAGUGAAUGUGUAAGUAGACUUAUGAUUGGACAAAGUCAAGUCCAUAUCGCCCUCAUUGUUUCUUUUGAGCCACAUCAGAAGACUUGAUCAGCAAAGAUGAAGUUUGAGAACCUGUUGGCUGAGGUUGGGGGGUUUGGAAAAUACCAGAUCAGUAUCAUCGCCCUUUUGGUGAUUCCAAGAUUAAUGCUGCCAUUUCACUUCCUGUUGGACAACUUCAUCACUGCCAUCCCAUCUCAUCACUGUGAUAUCAGCUCUCUGGAUGUUGACGAUAUCCUUGGGAAUCUAAGUCGAGAAGAGAGACUGACUGUCAGUAUUCCUGCACAGGAAGAUGGGACUCCUGCUUCCUGUCACAUGUUCUCCCAUCCUCAGUUCCAUCUGUUGACAAACUCCUCCAGCAGCUCAGAACUUCCUGUAGUUGAGUGUCAGAAUGGAUGGGAGUAUGACAACAGCACAAUUAAAUCAGCCUUGGCUACUGAGUUUGAAUUGGUGUGCGACAGAAAAGGUCUGAAUAAAGCCACAGCCACCAUCUUCUUUGUUGGUGUGAUGGUAGGAACAGCCAUUUUUGGCUGGCUGAGUGACAGGUAUGGUAGGAAACGAAUGCUGUUGGUGGCUUACCUGAUAGCCAUUUCGUUUGGGGUAGCCAGUGCAUUCUCCAAGUCCUUUAUUAUGUUUGCUAUAAUGAGGUUCUUCACUGGAAUGGGCCUUACGGGCAUCAGCAUCAUCUCCAUUGUCCUGUGCGUGGAAUGGGCCGAUAUAGCACACAGGACGAUUGCUGGUGUUAUAAUCAGUUUUGAUUGGUCUAUCGGCACAAUGAUAUUGCCUGCCAUUGCUUAUCUUGUCAAUGACUGGAGGCCUCUGGUCAUCACAGUAACUGCUCCUCUCGUGCUUGCAGUGAUCACAUGGAGGUGGAUCCCAGAGUCAGCACGAUGGCUCAUAGCCAAUGGACGACUGGAAGAGGCCCAUUUUUACCUGAGCAAAUGUGCCUCAGCCAAUAACAGACAACACAACCUCAGAGAUAUCAAACCAGAGACCCUUGCUAAUGUUAUAACUACUGAGGACAGAGGUGACAGGAAGUACUCAUAUCUGGAUCUUGUGAGGUCUUCUAAGAUGAGGAAACUGGCUCUGCUUACUGGAAGCACCUGGUUCGGAGUGGCAUUCACUUACUACGGCAUCAGUUUGAACAUCAGUGGUUUUGGGCUGAACUUGUACCUGACUCAGUUUAUUUAUGGUGCCAUAGAACUGCCAUCAAAACUGGUGGCCUAUUUGUGUCUUGAUAAACUGGGCCGCAGGUAUAGCCAGGUGGGCACGCUGAUUACAACAGGGGUCUGCGUUGGCAUCACCGUCCUCAUUCCCAGAGAUUUGUGGCUGCCCCGUACAGUCAUUUCUGUACUGGGUAAAGGAUUCUCAGAGGCCUCCUUCACGUGUGUUUUCCUCUAUACCACUGAGCUCUUCCCAACUGUGUUACGGCAGAAUGGAUUAGGCUAUAGCUCAUUUGUUGGUCGUGUUGGUGUUUCUCUUGCACCUCUUGUGAGUCUCCUGGAUGAGGUUUGGCUCCCUCUGCCACAGGUCCUGUUUUGCACUGUGGCUGUCAGUGCAGGUCUCCUUGCGUUGCUCCUCUCUGAGACCCACAAUGUGCGGCUUCCUGAGACUAUUGAGGACGUUGAGAAAACUAGGAAAAGAUCAGUGUGUUCACAACUUGAAUAUCAGCUUGGAAUGGAGCCUUACAAGCAGACAAAAAAAGAGCCAGGUGAGACAAAUCCUCAACCAGGUCGAACACAACAGAGCGCAAGGAUGAAGUUCGAAGAUCUUCUCUCAGAAAUUAAUGGAUUCGGAAGGUUCCAGAAGAUGGUCCUGUGGAUCAAUUUCUUUGGACGAUUUAGUCUCGCGUGUCACUUCCUGUUGGGCAACUUUAUUGCUGUUAUCCCUCCUCACCAUUGCAGCAUCAGCUCUCUGGAUGCUGACGAGAUCUUUGAGAACCUGACUCGGGAGGAGAGACUGACUGUCAAUAUUCCAGUGCAGGAUGAUAGGACUCCUGCUUCCUGUCACAUGUUCUCUUAUCCUCAGUUCCACCUGCUGUCAAACUCCUCCAGCCCCUCAGAGGUUGCUGUAGUCCAGUGCCAGAAUGGAUGGGAGUAUGACAAAAGCACAUUCAUCAGCACUCUCGCCACACAGUGGGAUUUAGUCUGUGACAAAAGAGCAUUGAGCAGAUUAACAACCACUAUCUUCUUCAUUGGGGUCAUGUUUGGAGCAGCUGCUUUUGGGAGCUUGAGUGCAAUGUUUGGGCGUAAACCAAUGCUGCUGGUGUCACAUAUGUUAGGAAUGGGAUUUGGAUUGUGUAGUGCUUUUUCCUCCUCCUUUAUCAUGUUUGCGGUGCUGAGAUUUUUCACUGGAUUCACCAUUACUGGCAGUGUCAUCAUCUCCACUAUACUGAAUGUGGAGUGGGUGAGCAUUGAACACAGAAAGCUGGUGGGGGUGAUUGACAGCCUCUCUUGGACAUUUGCCUUCAUGAGCUUUCCACUGAUUGCAUACUUCAUUCGAGAUUGGAGAUGGCUGACAGUUGCCAUUUCAUUGCCCACUGUUACUGCCAUAAUCACUUGGUGGUGGGUUCCCGAGUCAGCGCGAUGGCUGAUAGCUAAUGGGAGGGCGGAUAAAGCUCAUUAUUAUCUUCAUAAAUGUGCUGUCAUGAAUUGUAAAAAGGAAGCUAUUGUCAGCAUAAAACCUGAGAAUUUGGCUAAAAUCAUAGUUACUGGCAGAGGAAACAGGAAGUAUUCAUACCUGGAUCUUGUUAGGACUCCUAAGAUGAGGAGACUGGCUUUACUCACAGGAAUCACCUGGUUUGCUGUUGCCACUGUUGCCUAUGGAAUUAGUUUCAAUAUUUCAAGCUUUGGACUAAAUAUGUACCUCACUCAGUUUGUGUAUGGAGCCAUUGAAAUUCCUGCUAAACUGAGCAUCUAUUAUCUUCUGGAUAAGUUUGGAAGACGCAUAACUCAGGCUGGAUCACUGCUGUUUGUUGGAAUCAGUCUGAUGAUUAAUAUAUUCAUACCCAAAGAUAAGUCAGUGGUUCGUACGGUGAUUGCUGUGCUGGGAAAAGGCUGCUCAGCCACGUCUUUUGGCACAGUUAUUUUGUACAGCUCUGAGCUUUACCCCACUGUUGUCAGGCAAAAUGGGAUGGGCUAUAACUCCUUUGUGGCCCGUCUUGGUGUGUCUGUGGCUCCUCUGAUCCUUCUGUCGGAUGAUAUAUGGAGCCAUUUCUCUCAAGUCAUCUUGUCUUCUCUUGGCCUCUCUGCUGCUUUUGUGGCUUAUCUAUUACCAGAGACACGAGGCAGGUUUUUGCCGGAGACUAUAGAGGAUGUGGAGGGAAUCAGGAAGGGCACUGAUGACUUGCUACUACAAGAUCAAAAACGGGAUGAAAAAGAAGGCAGUAGGUUGAAAUGGAAAGACAAUUUAAUUGUGCAGAAAACAUAACUUUAGUAGAACUGUGUUUUUUUUUUUUAAAUCCAUAACCCUAUUUAUGUGUCAUCAUUUAAUUAAAAUAUUGAAAGAGAAAUUUGAAGGGAGAUGCUGCAUGUUUUCCUCAUUGUGAUGUUUUGUCAGAAUUGUGUGGACUCCACAUAUAAAAGAAUACUAUAGGAAGAAUAGCUCACAGGCCUUUCAAUUUUUUACAUGGCAAAAAAAAUAAUAAUUUUGUGCCUGGAAAAAGUGUUGGGGAAAGUUACUUCAAAAAGUAAUGCAUUACAAUAUUGUGUUACUCCAUAAAAAGUAACUACACAGUGGGCGAUUGAUGUUGAAAAGAUUAACAUUUACAUUUACAUUCAGUUAUUUAGCAGACGCUUUUUUCCAAAGCGACUUACAAAUGAGGACAAUGGAAGCAAUAAAAAUUAACAAAAGAGCAAUGAUAUGUAAGUGCUAUAACAAGUCACCGUUAGCUUAACGCAGUACACGUAGCAAGGUUGUUUUUUUUUUUUUAUUAUAUAAUAAAUUAAUACGGGACAGAAGAGGUGUCAGUGAAUAAAUUGGAAAACAAAGUAACUUGCAUUACUUAUUUGAAAAAGUUAUUCAGAUAUUUAAAAGGAACGUGUUAGUUUACUAGUUACAUAAUCUGAUUACCUAACUCGCAUUACUUGUAAUGUUACCCCCAACACUGCCUGGAAAUGUAGCAAAAACAUCAAAGCCAUGUUGGCACUGCUUUACUAACAUUAAAUGUAAAGUUUAAACAAGGUGCUUCAUCUGGGAUAAUGUAAGAAAAUAUGUUAUGAAACUUGAAACCUGAGUUUACUGUUCAUUAAUCAGUAAUGUGGAAUCUUGCCCUAGUGCUUAAAAAGUGUUUAUAAAAUGCAGAAUGUAAGUGUUUAUGUCUGUGGAGAAACAUGAAUAAAGUGAUUUCGUUCUUUGGGCCUAUCCAUACAACACAAAGUGUCAAAUUAAAGGCAUUAAGUUUGCACAAUGAGCAUGGUGGAUAAAAGCUGUCUGAAAGGUUUUCUAAGCCCAGAUCAGUGCUAAUGUUUGUGAUUCAAUAAAAACAAAAGUUAAUCUGUACAAA